UGGAGAAGAAUUAUUGUAAUCAUUGGUAAUGGACCUUUGUGUGUUGCUUCUUUGUGCAGGGAACUUCUUUACAAACCAAUUGUGCUAUCAUGUGGUCAUCUAUCAUGUUUCUGGUGCGUCCAUAAGUCCAUGAAUGGUCUGGAAGAGUCUCAUUGUCCGAUAUGUAGAGACCCGUAUGUUCAUUUCCCGACCGUAUGCCAAAAGCUUCAUUUCCUGCUAAAGAAGAUCUACCCACUUGCGCAUAAGAAGAGAGAAGAACAAAUUCUAAAGGAGGAACAAGAACAAGACUGUUUUUCUCCUCAGAUUGAUGUUGUCUUGGAUGAACAAAAGGCUAAGGAUGAUCAGAAGGUGGAAGAGUGCUCUAAUGAAGCCAAGUUAUCAUCACCCAGCAAUGAAGAACCCAAGGAUGCAACAAGUCUUCAUGUUCAUGAGAAUGACUCAUCUAAGGAUAACAAAGUCAGUAAGCAGAUUUCAAAAGAUGAUUUGCUCUGUUCAGCAUGUAAGGAGCUGCUCGUGCGACCAGUAGUACUCAAUUGCGGACAUGUGUAUUGCGAAGGAUGUGUAGUAGAUAUGGCUGAAGAAAGCGAAAAGAUCAAAUGUCAAGAGUGUCAUGUUUGUGACCCAAGAGGAUUUCCAAAAGUUUGUUUGGUUCUUGAGCAGCUUUUGGUGGAAAAUUUUCCUGAAGAAUACAAUUCAAGAAGAAGUGGAAUCCAGAAAACACUUGCUCAUAAUAGCAAAGGAAAUGUUCAAAGCUAUCACAAAGAAGGCACUUCUUUAUCAGACAACAACAACGACAAUGGUCUUCCCUGGUGGCCAAACCCUGGAUCUAAUGUUCACAUCGGAGCUGGUUGUGAUUCUUGCGGAGUGUAUCCAAUUAUAGGGGAUAGAUACAGAUGCAAAGACUGCAAGGAGGAGAUUGGUUACGACCUUUGCAAAGAAUGUUACGAGACUCCUUCAAAAGUUCCAGGGAGAUUCAACCAGCAACACACUCCAGAACACAGGCUUGAGCUCGCGGAGGUUCCUCAGUUUCGGUUUCGGUUCAGUCUCAACAAUAUCGGUUUGCUUCUCGGACCUCCUACGGUUAACUCAACAGUUGAAGGCGUGAGUGCAGAAGAAGAUCAUGAUGAGAGCGAGGAAGGGCCUCCUGAGUCUAAUGAGUCAUCAUCAAGCACAGAUUGAAAUAGCAGUCUGAGAGUGUGUAGGAAUCUUAUAGAGAGAGAGAUAUGGUGUGUACUUGUUUGUAUAAAAAUAUAUCUAUGGUUUUAAACAUUUUAAACAAAGUUCAUUUGUUAAUUAUAAACGUUUAAACGCAAACAUCACCA